AACUAAUAAAUGGUGAUGGGGAAAGGAUGGCGGAUCCAGAAGGACAACAAGAGAACCCAGGCAAGGUUUACCCAGCUGUUGCCAUGUAUGGAUCAUGUACUGUAAGAAACCUCAAGCAAGGAGAGACUAAGCUAUGGUGUGCCUGUGGACUGAGUAAGAAACAGCCCUGGUGUGAUGGGUCACAUAAAGGCACAGGAAUCAAGCCUCUCAAGUGGACAGUUAACAAAUCUCAGAGUCUCUUUGCCAUCUGUGCCUGUAAGUACACUAAGGAUCCACCAUUUUGUGAUGCUACCCACACUAAUCUGCCGUGCGAGGUCCUCGACAGACAGAACAACUGUACCUCUACACAUGUUGCUGAUAAAAAACUGUGUACCGGCUGUGGGUGGGUGCCUGAUUUCUGACAUAUCCAUUACAUCUCACCACCAAUAAUCUGUGAAUUGGCAUUAAGUGUUCGUCCAUCUUCAGACCACUGUCCAUUCUACCAUCAAUGAUCUGAGUACUGGCAUUAAGUGUUCAUCCAUCUUUGGACCACUGUCCACUCUACCGUCAAUGAUCUGAGUACUACAUGUGGACCUGUAAACUCAGUGAUAGCUACACAGCCAGCGGGUCACUUGGCCUUGUCAAAAGAAGUUUUAGCCAAAUCAUCAAAGCUAAGUUUGAAUUCCACUCUUCAAAUCUUUCUUCACACAAAGGUAGAAUAUUCAGUACACAUCCUAGACUCCACAAAGCUAAAAAGAUGUCCAAAUGCUGGUAACAACCAUUAUAGAGAUGGAAAUCUUGUUAAGGGCAGUUGGCACCUGACGUAUCCAGACAACUUGCAUUAUGUGACAUAGAUUACAAGCAAUGCAUUACCAAAGGAAAAUGUAUACAUGGUACAACCAUGUAGAAUUUUCUUGAAAGGACACAUUUGGUAUGGAGGUAAUGUUUAAACUAGAUAAUUUGGGAAGGACAAGGUGACACAGUAAGAAACUCCACAAAUGCUAGAUUAGCUUGUCUUUAAAGCUGUUGUAGUGUUCAUGUGCAUAAACAACUGGAUAAACCUACAGGAAGGCUUGGUGAGCAGUUAAAGAGUAAAUGUAACAAACAUUAGAAAGGGGAGGAUAUUUCUUCAACAAGUUUCUUAAUAUG